CCAGGGAACCACAUCUGAAACUUCCUGGAUCACCGGCUCCUUGGGGCAGCCUGGGUAUCGACGAAGGAAGGGCCUGAUGAGCUCUUCUGGCUGGGAUUUCAGGGGCCUGGGGAAGAUCCUGCCUUUGCCAAGACACUCCUUUCUCCUUCCAGAUGCUGCCCUAGUUCAGAUAUGUGAUGCCCCACCAUUAAAGAUUCCUUCCCUGGAUGAAGGACAGGCUUCUAUUGAACUACCACUCCUUUGUGGGAAAGACGCACUUCAAGCUGCCAGCAUUCUUUUGUCCUUUAAUACCUUCCAAGCAACAGUUCCCAGAAGCCAUGACAUGUCCCUGCAGCUGGAGGCCUUCCAGGGAGGGCCAUAGAGGCCUCCUGGGCCCAGUGUUGCCUACGGAGGAAGGAAGUUACGUCAUUCCUUAUGUUCUUAUUGGAAGCCACCCAAAUGAGGUGGAAUCUAAAUAA